GGCACCCUGUAUGGUCACCUCCAUUAGGAACGGCCAUGAUAACUGUCCUCAUUCUCUUUCAUGGCCAUUCCUCUCUCCCCUUUUCCGAAUCCUGGAAAUCCUAUCCACAACCCUAAUCCCAGCUUCCGCAAGUACUUCUCCUUCAUCCUCAAACCCGUAAUUUCUAUCCCUAACUCCAACUCAACCUCCAAGAGGCAUUUGCUACUCAAAACUUCUUUGCUCUGCCUCACUCUAGCUCCUCAACUCCCACUUGCGCAAUCUUCCGCUGAAGUUCUGCCUUCCAAAUCGCUUCUUUCUAGCAUUGAGAAUACGAAAUCCUGGUUUCAAUUCUACGGCGAUGGGUUUGCUAUUCGCGUCCCACCUGAUUUCCAGGACAUCAAUGAGCCGGAGGAUUAUAAUGCGGGACUUUCUCUUUAUGGGGACAAGGCAAAGCCAAAGACUUUUGCUGCACGGUUUGCAUCACCCGAUGGAUCUGAGGUUCUCAGUGUUGUUACUCGCCCAACCAAUCAACUAAAAAUCACCUUCUUAGAGGCACAGGACAUAACUGAUUUAGGGUCCUUGAAGAGUGCGGCAAGAAUAUUUGUUCCAGGAGGGGCAACUCUUUACUCUGCUCGAACAAUAAAAAUCAAGGAAGAGGAUGAUUUCAGGACGUACUAUUUCUAUGAAUUUGGUAGAUACGAAGAGCACGCAGCAUUGAUGGCGGGUGUUAGCAGCGGAAAGGCAAUUAUUGCUGGGGCUACAGCGCCGCAGUCCAAGUGGGAGAGGGAUGGUGUAAAACUUCGUUCCGCUGCUAUAUCAUUAACAAUUCUUUAGCCAUUUGCUGAAUUUUGUGAACUGGCAGAUCACGCCCUCAAGUGCUUCAGUCCUCAAUGUCUUCAAACAUGUUUGAGGCAAGACUUCUAUGAAAACUUCGCAGGAGAUCGUUGGUCUUGUUUUUUGGUGGCUGGAAUUUUCAUUCACCUACAAAAUAUGAAAAAAAUUGAAAAGAAGUGAGUAUGGCAUCUCUAAAUUUGAUUUCAAGACUGGAAUAAGUGGCAGAGUAAUUCAAAGAUAAUAAAAUCUAAUGUUGAAGUCCGUA